AUGUCUAAUCAGACUCCUUAUAUUGGGAGUAAAAUAAGUCUGAUAUCGAAACUCGAUAUCCGCUAUGAAGGAAUACUCUACACUGUUGACACAAACGACUCCACGAUCGCUUUAGCUAAGGUGCGGUCAUUUGGUACGGAAGACCGUCCAACGCCGAAUCCUGUCGAGGCACGUGACGAUCGAACGAACGACAUAAAGGAUCUUAUUGUAUGUGAAACGCCAAAGGUUGCAACACUCGCGGGUGGGCUUCCUUACGACCCAGCUAUAAUAUCCGUGUCCGCUCGGACAGGAUCUGCUUCUGCCAACGAACAGCAGGCUUCCGCCGGCUCUUCUCGCUCGGAUACACCGCAUCAUCGAACUAGCCCGAAUUUAGCUCAAGGCAACUCUCGAAGCGCCAGUGCUGGUCGAAUGCAGCGGCCUCCGCAUCCAAUCGGUUCGCAAAAUCGACAGUUCAACAAUGGUUAUCCUCGUGGCGGAUACAACUAUGCGGGUCAACGUCCCCGCAACAAUCAGAGUGUUUGUUUGGUUUUGGGGGUUCCCGUCCUCGUGAAAAAGCUUGAAGUUUCGAUGGUGAUGUACGAUUUGAGGAAGCCAAACGUAACAGUUUCCGGAAGAACAGUUUUCUGA